CUUAGUACUGGUUAGACUAACCACUUAAAAAAAUCAACAAUUAUUUCUAUUUUUCUAUAAAUUGUUACAAAGUAUGUUAAUAUUUUUGAUAACAUAUUAUUGUCCCUGGAGAAUAUGUUACUUCACAGAACCUCGGUUCUGUUCGUGAGAGAUGCACAAAUUUUCUCAUUUGUUAUUAUCAUAAUUAGUAUAAUUUUUAUUGCUAGUACUGUAAUGAAACUUGAGAAACAGUGAAUCGCAGUGUGCUGCUGUGGCGCUGACGAUAGCCUGGAUAGUGCAUACAUUACGUAAAGCCUUUUAGAUUCUCAAAUUCUUCGUUAAAGUGCUGUUGCGCAAGACGAGCGCAUAGAGUUUGAGAGGUUAUUUAUUUAAUUGCACCAGUAGUUCUUACUUUCAAUUUUUCUUUAUUCAUUAUAAAAAUCAUACAUUAUUAUACCCAGAUAGCAUGGAUAGUCUUAUGGACGUCCAUUUUAUGUCCAGUUUAUGUUCGGAACCUCCAACGUCCUUAGGUCCAUGGGACCUAAAUUUUGUACGUCCCAGACCAAAUUGAUCCAUGAACAUAUCAAUUAAUAGAGUGUUAAAAAAACCAUUUGUGCCAAGUAUCAACCCCGUACCCUUACUGGAAGGGGCCCUUACUAGUUACAGAGCAAAAUGGAAUUUACGGUUUAAGCUGUAUAUCUUAUGUCGUACAGUAUCAAAAAUUUUGAAAAAAAUCAAGGAUAUCCUACAUUAUGGCACGAUGACGUUCCCACGAUUGCACGUUGCGCAUCCCUCGUUGUACCUAGAAGAGCCAAAAAAUAUUGUUAUCUUGUGCUGUUACUUCAGGCUGAUUAUCGCUGGCGCUCAUCAUCAGAGGUUCCCCUGCGCGCCAAUCGACGCGUUUUCCGUAAAUGGUGCAGCAGUUCCGGUUGCUUGUGCCCUUCAGCCAAUCGGAAGCAGAAUCGAACCACUUCCAUCUUAUGUCAAGGUCUCAACGCCAAUCGCGUACAGGCCUCUACCAAAGACGUCGUCACUGGUAUACAUCGCUCCCCCAAUUUUCAAAACGGUUUCUGCUGUCUCCGCAUUCGAGACAAAAAGCGAAAAAGAAGCGGAGCACAUGGCCUAUCCAAGGUAUUCGUUCAACUAUGGCGUCCUAGAUGGAUAUACUGGCGAUUCAAAGUCAGCCUGGGAAGAAAGGGAUGGUGACACAGUGAAAGGUGAAUACUCCGUGGUUGAAGCAGACGGCUCAAUUAGGACAGUUACCUACACAGCGGACCAUCACAAUGGAUUCAACGCCGUUGUCACAAGGAACGAACCUCCGAAGAACCCAAAACAUGACGCCAACUUGAAAGCAUUUUUACCAGCAGUGAUUCUCUCUCACCCCCGUUAAAAAUAACAAUUCCCGAAGAUAAAUCGUACAAAUCGGUUGAAAUAUCCGUACAAAUUGCAACAUUGUUUAAAAAUACACUUUGUCGAAUAUUCGAAUAUAUAUGUGCAUAGAUCUCAGCAGUAUUCCUAUGUUCUUAUAAAAAUGUUACAUAAAAGUAUUAUUAAUGGGUAGGCCGAGUUUUUCCAGAAAAGAUGAAUCCAAACGAUAAUAUAUUUCGGCUACUUUUAAGGAAGGGGGAGACCAGGGGAGUCUGGUUCAACCAAGGUUUUUUUCUAAUUUUUUCAGUUUUGUUUAGAUAUAAUUUAUUUUUAUUCUUGAAACUUUUUUCCAUAUAAAGUACGUUCAACGAAAAAAAUUUGACGUUGAAGAUUUAAUUUGAAUAUACAGCUGUCCCAAAAAUGUUGUAACACCUUGAAAUGGGUGGUUCGGAAGGUGAUUUGGAACAACUUUUUCCUUAGCGAAAAUAUUGUCCGAGGCUUCGUUAAGGAGAUAUUAAGCGAAAACCCCGACCAAUCAGAGCGCGAGCAUGCCGGCGGACCGCUCACGGUAACGUAGGCCACACCCUAGGCGUCCGCGCUCUGAUUGGUCAGGGUUUUCCGUUAAUAUCUCCUUAACGAAGCCUCGGACAACAUUUUCGCUAAGGAAAAAGUUGUUUCAAAUCACCUUCCGAACCAUCCACAUCAAGGUAUUACAACAUUUUUGGAACACCCUGUAUACAUAUACAGUAUCCCAGAAUUAGUGUAAGAACCGGAAGUGGGGAGUAACCGAGACGAUUCUGAACAACAAUUUUCUUUGCAGAAAUGUCGGGUGACGCUUCGUUUUUGAAUUAUUAACGAAAAACCACCGACCAAUCACAGCGCCCGAGUUGCGCGCGCUCAGCUGCGAGAGUAAAGAUGGCGACGUAGCCGGAUGAGCGCGCGCUAAUCGGGCGCUGUGAUUGGUCAAUGGUUUUUAGUUAAUAAUUCAAAAACGAAGCGCCAUUCGACAUUUUUGCAAAGGAAAUUGUUGUUCAAUAUCAUCUCACCUACCUAUCCCCCCCCCCCCCCCCCACUUACAAUUUUUACACUAAUUUUAUGACACCCUGUAUGUAAAAUAGAUAUAGCAGGAGGACCGGAUUUUCGAUUAAAACUCCGAGACAAACAUAGUUCUUUAUUAGCACUACAAAAAACUACAAGACAACAUGUUAAACAUAAUUGAUAUUUAGUUGUGCCUCAUAAGAUUUAUUUUGUAAUUUUAAUUAAUGUUUUGUGUAAGGAUACAUUUCAUAUAUGUUCGCACCACCGUGUGUAUUUAAUACGAACGUAGUAAAUAGUAAAGCAGUCGAAAGUAUCCAUCGCUAAUUAAAUGCGAAGAUUGUUAAACGAUAAAAAGAUGAGAAUCCAGAAAGAAAGGUAAAAGAAACAUCAACGUUAAGUAUAAAUUGUUGUUCUUAUAAAUAAGUGUUCAUAAUACAUUUUUUUUUUUGUACUUAUACUACAAAGUAUCUUAGUUAUUUACAACGAAUCGACACGGAAAAAUGGUAAUAAUUCUUCUACUUCUUUGUUAACAAUAUUUAUAUUUGGGGUUACAAAAAAAUAUUUUUUUUUUUUAGUUUUUUUUGUAAAUUUUAAUUUUAGAGUACCGACGUCAUCGAUUUAAAAAUUUGCUAUGACGAAAAGAUAAUAGAAAAAGUAAUACGUUAUCAUAAGAAAAAAAAAAAAAAAACAAAAAAAAAGUAUGAGUAUUAUUCGCGUGACGAAAAUUUGUCUGGAAUAUAAAAAAUAAGACAAUUUUUUUUGCCUAUGUUUUAAAAUUAUCUUAGUUAUUAAAACCUUUUACAUUGAUAUACGGUAGCUUUACUUUCUUGCGCAAUUUAAUUUUAAUCUGAUUAGUACCGUAACUAAAAUUUUCAUAUAUACGUUAUAAAAAAUGAGGAACAGUGUAACACAAAUAAAGAGAUUACUAUAGACGUUAAAAUUGAAAUUGAGAAUAUUAUAAUUAGUAUCUCUUGUACUAAACUUCAACAGAAUUAUCACAAAAUGUGACUAAUUCCAAUUCUUAGAAACAGAUCUCAUAUUUAUUAAAAAAAGAAAUAGAACGAAUAAAAACUGAACGAAACGAGAUUCUCAAUUCUAUCAUACCUAGCCUUAAACCUAACAAAUACUGCUCAACUGACUGAAUACCGAAAAAAACAUUUCAAUUUCUUAAUACUCGAAUUGAUUUCGUUACGAAUUCAAACUAAAUUUGUCACAGUACCAUAUUCAUCGUUCUACAAUUAAACAUAUUUCAUUUGUUCGGGGUUAAACGAGAAAAAAUAAUUACUGAAGGAUUCUACAGAGUGACAACAAAUAUGUAGGAUCCACAUCAUUUGAGGAUCAAGUCUGUACAUAAAUAGAAAUCGAAAAGUCGCAGGAGAAAUUACGCAUUGAUGCACACUCGCUGCACUUGAAAAUGACUUGGAAUUCUACAAUAAAGUUUAGGCAAGAUGGUAUGAUGUCAUUAGCAUUGAUUUAGAACCAAGUUUUGGGACAAGUAUUUCUUUAGUUUAUUUCUUAAAUUUAGAUAAAAUAUUUUUUGAGAUUCAAUUUAGGCCCAACUUGUGUUAACUCAAUUACUAAUAAUCUCAUACCACCUGACCCAAACUUUAUUAUAAACUCUCAAACUUUAUCGGUGGUCGAUUUAGUACAGAUUGGGUCAAAUAUUUCUCUACUUCAUUUCUUCAAUUUAGAUCAACUAUUUCUUGAGAUUCAAUUUAGUCCCAACUUAAACUAAACUGUUAACUAAAUUACCAAGAACCUCAUAACACCUGACCCAAACUUUAUUAUAGACUCUCAAACUUUAUCGUUGGUCAUUUGGAUUAGCGGGUGUGUAUUGAAUGUAAAUUUGCACAUCUGCUUGUAAAUUUCAUCUGCUUAUAUCUCAACAACGAAGCCUCAAAUUAUAAAAUAGUAAAGGACUUUUCGAUUUGUAUUUGUGUGAAGACUUGAUCCUGAAAAAAGGUCCUGUAUAUUUUUUGGUAACACUCUGUACUUCAACAUCAAGCGAUCUGUCCUUUAAGACCAAUACUUUGAAGGGUUACAUGAGUUUUGAGAGCCAAACAGGAAGCACAUUUUCUAUACAUUUUUACGAACAAACUAAAUAAAUUAUAUUAUUGUAACUUACGUUGUUCGAAAGAGUAACAUCUGAACGAUAUUUCAUACAUUUUUCAUUAAAAAACAUUAAAAAAUAAGAGCUUUAUCUGAAAUCAAAAACCCAAAUAUUUUUGGUUAAUACGUGAGUAUAGCUCGUGAUUGAACAAAGGAUUUUCUUUUUCUUUGAACGUAAUUUAUUUUACAAGAUAAUACAUGGUCUAGAUUUAACAGAAAAUUGGACAGUUUUGUAUAUAAACCUGCUAAAAAUUCAAAUUUCAAUUUUUGAGAGCUGUACUCAAGUACUAAUAGAAAAUAUUUGAUUUCUUCAUUUCAGAUAAAGCUAUCAUGAGUUAUCCUGACCACCGCGAGGACAGUUUACUUUUUCUAAAGGACCUUUGAAAACCACUCUUAUUUUUGAUUAUUUUUUAAUGAAAAAUUUAUGAACUAUUGUUAUCUUUCGAACAACAUAAGUUGAUAGAAUACAGUGGGUUGUUCGGAAAAUAAUCUCGUUUCUUUGUUAACGCAAAGAAAAAAAAAUUUAAUUGCUAUACAUUUAAUUAUAUAUUGACCAUUUGAGUCAAAAAUUGGUAGCGUAAUUUCAUGUUCAUAAAAGCUCUGAUCUUUACUCAACAAAAACUGCUCUAAGAAAAAUUGUACAGACCAGAACAAAUAACAAUGGAACGCAUAAGAUAAACAAUUACACUGAAUCAACUAAAAUAAUCAAAACAUGUAGUGAUUAUACUGCGAAUGCUUACACAAAUUUAUACUUGCACAGAGCCAGAUGAAGAAUUGAAAUAUAAAUAAAAGCAUGACUUAUUUUCUAGACACUGUAAUAUAUAUUAUAUUGCUUAGAUAUUUUAUAUAUUUUUGCAUUUAUCAUAGAGAAAUUUGUGCAUUUAUGGAGACCUGGCUGUAAUUAGACUGAUGAAUUGUUAAAUAAAACAAUAUUCUGCAGAAAGUGACGUAGAGCUUUUUUUACAAAAUAUUGAACACUAACGAAAUGGUGCUUCUUUGAAUCUACUACUACGUAGUCGAUAUUCCACCCCUUUUUUUUAAGAGAGUUUAGGGCAAAAGUCGUUGAUUAAAAGUACCAUUAUCAUUCCGGUGGACUAAAUACGAAUAUUACUUUCCAAACUACCCAAUGGUCCAUUUAUUAGUUUGUCUGUAAAGUCCGUGCCGAUUUUUGGUAGGUGGUACACGUCUGUUUAAAUUGGAAUAAUUGAAAACAAUUAACAUGGGUAUAUCCCUUAAAAGGCGGAAAGGUCGUGGAACAAAAUGGUAUUUAUAUUGUUGCGAGCACCUUUUGGAUGGACCCACUUCUAUGGAGACGUACACAUUUCUAUUGUAAAGCUAAUUGUUAUUUAUUAAAGUUCUUGUUAACUCGUUAUGCCGAAACUCAACAAUAUAAUUCAAUAAAUAUAUAUCAAAAUUCAUAUGUGCCUUUGAAUUUUUCUUAAAAAUUGGCACGAACUUUCUGGACAACCCAGUUAGUUUGUUAUAUUUAUAGAAAUAUUUAUAGAAAAUGUGCUCUCUUUUUGGUCCUCAAAACCCACGCAGCACCUCGACUCAGCUUUUACCUUCCAACUAACUUCAAAACCCUUACGACUAUUCGAAAGCCUUAUAGUUCGUUCUUCGUUAAAAAUAUGACGCUCGUGGUGUGUUUCUUAUAAAAUAGAGUGAAGUAUCGUGAGCAAAACGUAAAACUGUGAUACGAGGAAGUAAAUGUCCAUUUGAUCGUCCUUGAGAGGCGAAGAGCUAUUGCAAACAA